CAACGAGACUGCUAUCAUCCUCGUGCGGCUCUGUGACUUGACUCAUUCAUUCAAGGAUAAGUUGAUGUCCAUCUGUAAUUACUGCUUAGACAGAAAAGCCGGAAAAACAUAGAGGAGGUUUAUUUUCGCAACCGUAAUGAGCGCGUCAGUGUUUCAGACUCAAGAUCAGCAGUAGAAAAUCCACGUUACGCAAAGCCAUCACCGUUACGCGCAAAUCAAGCAGUCACCUGUGCAGGAUGAAGGUUACCUUUGGCUCUGUGGUGGUCACAGCCGGCAUCUGCGGUCUCAUGAGCUUCGCUUUCCUGGCGACUGCUCUCGGAACCGAUUACUGGUACAUCAUAGAGAUGAAUCCUGUGAAUAUGAGCGACACUGAGGACAUGAGCUCCCACUCAGGACUGUGGAGCAUCAACGAAGGUGGGAAGAACAAUGCAGACUCUAUUGACUCCUUCAAUGCAGACUACUCCAGGUACUCUGAGAUUGAGCUGCACAUGCUGAGCAUGCACAGUGCAAUAGUGGUGGUGCUUCCCUUCAGCCUGGUGCUGCUGCUAAUUGGUGGCAUCUGUGGACUGGUCAGCUCCCUGGCUCGAAGCCCGGUCCUCCUCACCGGCGCGGCGUGCUACUUCUUCAUCUGCAGUCUGCUGACGCUGUGUGGUGUGAGCCUCUACAUCUUCUACUCGCACCAGGCGAAGGCUGAGACAGAGAGGCUGGUGGGGCCAGAGGGUCUGGCCUAUAUUCACACCUCCUUCGGGUGGUCUCUGGGUCUGGCCUGGCUCUCCUACGGCCUGGAGCUCCUCACUGGCGCACUGCUGCUCGGGGCCGCGCAAGUGGCCAAGCUGAAGCACAGCACUUCCACUAUGGCCUGACCCAAGCAUCCACAGUGGAUCCAGCACAUUCAGGGUGGAGGAUUGAGCUGUACUGUCUGAACUGCAUGUUUUGCUAGCAUGUGGUUCUGCUUUAGCACAAGGUAACAAACAAUAAGAGGACACUAUUAAGGAUCUCACACACAAAAAAAUGUUGAACUAAAGAUGUUGUGAACUGUUAAAAGAAUGCUUUAAACGUUAAACUUCAUAAUUCUGCUGCAGAUUGGAGAUGUGGUGAUUUACAGUAAGUGGUGGAUUACUCUGAGUUCAACAUGAUCAACUGCUCCCUCUUGUGGUCAGAAUUGUAGUGGCUCCUCAUAUGCACUGUCAGUGCAUCUCACUAUAACCUGUGCCAAACAAAACUGACAGUCUCACAAUUUCAAAUCAUCUCCUGUUUAAGUGUUGUAUAUACUAUGACAUGUUAUGUUACAUGUUUAUCUAUUGAAAAUGAGUAAUAAA